AGCAGUCAGAUUAGAUUAGCCACUCCUCCGUUAGCAUACGGAUGCUGGAAAUGAUAGCUAAGAGCUAGUGUUUACGCAUUUUGUGAAAGAUGGCUGGGGACUUGCAAGGUUUUGCGCUGGAAAAAGCCGAGCUGCUUUCCAGCCGUUUGAAGGAGCUCCUGUCUUCGGGCCAGGGAUAUGUUCGGGCUCAGUUCGGUGUGGAUUUGGGUCUGAAGCCCGAGCUGUACCCGACCUGGGUCAUCCUCUCCACGGCGGCGGUGGCUCUGCUGCUGCUGCUCGGUCUGUCCAGGGCCGCUGUCUUCGGCGGGCUGCUCGUCGGGAAAAAGCGGGGAUCCCCGGUCACACCAGGCAGCGGUGAGCCCGGCAAGGCCACCUUUGUUAAAGCAGCCAAGCCAGAAGAACAGAGGAAGAGGAACAAAAAGAAAACGCUUGAAAAGAAAAGUCAGUCCAAUGGACAACCAGUGACUGUGACACAGGAGGAAGUUAAUGUGACUGAAGCAGUUUCCAAGCCUGCAUCGCAGAUUAAAACUGAAAAAGUCCAUGAAGUACAGGCCCCAGUGCAGGUCAAAAAGAACAAGAAGAAAACCAAAGCAGAUGUGAAACCAGUUCAGCAUGUGCCCACAAAUGACGGAAAAGAACCUGAUGAUGGUGCUUGGGAGACAAAAGUCAGUAACCGAGAAAAGAGGCAACAGCGCAGGAAGGAAAAGGGCUCCGAGGACUCCGGCAGUCCAGGAGGUGUGGAAACCUCCAAACCCCAUGUGGAGGCAACGGCACCCACAGCACCUACCAAGAAGAACAGAGGAGGCCAUGAGUCUCUGCAUUCAAGAAGCACUGGAAAGGGGGAUGGAGCUGGUGGAGCUGGUAAAGACAAAGCAAAAAAAUAUUUGUCCUCCACUUGGCGAGAGGAGCCUUCAGUCAAUGGUGGAAGCUGGACUGAUCUCUCCAUGAAGAUCCCAGGUCAGAUGGGCGCUAUGGAGGGAACCAAGUGGAUCCCCACAGCUACUCAUUACAGAACCCAACCUGAGCCUCAACCAUGGGCACAGGAGUCGCAAGCAUGGACUGGAAUUGAUGCCCGGAUAAAGCCUGACCUCAACCCUGUGUCCUUCUCCAUGCUGAGACUGAACCCCUCAGACCCGAUAUCAAACUCAAUUGAGCUGCAGUGGGCGAGCCACGCUAACGUUGAUGAUGAAUGGUCAGGAUUCAACGGUAUGGCAACAGCAGAUCCCAGCUCGGACUGGAAUGCUCCAGUAGAUUACUGGGGAAACUAUGAAGAGCCUCCUGUACUGGUGACACAAGCUCCUCUGCAGAAGGAACAGCCGCUACCCAACAAGGUAUCAGAGGAUGAGAAGGAUGCUGAGGAUCCAUCUGGAGGAGCAGCCAAAACUAAAAAGAAGAGGAAAAAGAAGAAGAAAACAGAAGAGGAAACCGCAUCUGAGGCUCAGACGGUGAGCACAGCGCCGAUCGUCAAUGCAGUGCCCAAACCCCAAGAGCUUCCUGCGUUGUCCAAAAAGCAGAAUACCAGCAUAUCCUCAGCUCAGAAGAAGUCUGAGCAGAUUGUGGAGCCUCCGAAGCCCUCCCAGAAGAAAAAGUCCGAAGAGAAACAUGAAGUCGCUUCACAGGUCCAAACAAAGCAUAUGCAAAUGAUUGUUAGAAGUGUCACAUGCAAUAAUUACAAGGUACAGAGUGUCUUUCUGAGAUACAUUAACAGUUUAUCAAUUACAGAAAUGAAAACAAAGCAAGCAGUAGAUAUCACCUGCUUGGCUAAAUAUAGCGAUGAAAUGUAGUCCUAUGGACUGAAAACUUAACUAAUUUGCACUAUUUGCUACACUGCAACCAGAGUGGAGUUUCAGGUGAGGAGGGCUUUUAGUGGAGGUACAUGUUUAAUGGCAUCAAAGGUGUUUUGUUUUUUUAUUUUUUAUUCCUAAUCCAAGACUGUAUGUAAUUCUUGACCCAAAAUUAUGAAACGGGUUUUAAUUUUAUUUUUACUGUGUGAAACUUUAAGUUGAAAACGAACCAUCCAUGUUUGUUCCCCAGAAUGUUGCACUUUGUUUGCCAUGCUGCUGCCGCUUUAUGAAUUGCUGAAAUGUUCUGGAGCAACGGAUUAAGAAUAGGGGUUUUUCUCAAGAUGAUCUCAGUAUGACACUCACAUGGCCACUGAAAGAUGAAACAGCUGCUUUAAUCCUCCUCCUUCUUCCCAUAUUUGGAAAUGGAGUGUAAAAAUUCAUACUCCUUGUCUACUUUAAAUCGCCAGUAAAUACAUUUAUGAAUAUUUUUUCAUGUUAAUGGUUGUUUUAAUAUGAAAUUCCCUCUCUGUGUUUCUCCAUAAACAAUGGUAGUGCAUGCAACUUUGUUUCUGGGUACAAAAACAGUCUUUAAAAAUAAUACCAAGAAAUGAUUUGCCUGUUCUUAGACUUUAUACUUCAGCCUGAUGGGAUUUUGUUUACGCUGCACAAUGCAGUCAAAUUAACAGAUUCCCACAAUGUCUGUAUGGACAGGAAAGGUGAUGAAUUAUUCACAGCUCUGUCAACAAGUAGAUGGCAUGUGAGUGUUGUGUUAAGAUAGGUUUGUCUGUCCUUUAAUGUCAUAUUAUCUGAAAUCUAUUCAGACGCCAAAUUGCUCGCUGCUUGUAGGACGUGUCGUUUAAGAUGAAUGGCAGCUGUGAUGUGGUCCAUGUCAGUUACAGUGGUGUUUAAAACAGUCAUUCCUGCAGCAUAAACCACCUCUUCACCAUCCAUCCGUUCAAUUGUACAUUCAAAACACUGAAUGUUUUUCUAAAAUAUAGUUAAGUCCACUUCUGACUGUGCCUCUUGGUUUUAGGGGGAUAGUAUGAAGCUGUAGAUUUAGCCUGAUUUUGUUGGAACCAGCUGACCAUUUGAUUAAAAAAUGGAAAGGUCAUAGGUUCUGCUUUUCUUUUUUUGAGGGAUUUUGACAUAAACUGAAUCUGGAUCUACACGAAGGAUUAGUUGGUGUUCCGCUGAGACCACAGUAACUGAUAUGAACCACCAGGAGGCACUGUAAUCUAAAAUGAACAGGUUGUGGGAUUACAACAAGAAGCAGUAGCACUGCUGAGUGUAGUCCGUCUACUUUUGUCAUCAUUAUCACCAUGAGAAUCUUUAUCUUGUUGAUUUUUCUGCACUCCAUGUGUUUUUUUUUUCUUUCAAAGAUCAUUUAUUCCUGUUUUGUGCUAGAAAAAGCCAUGCCAUAUGUACAGAUUGUAAGGGCUUUUUCCAGUUCUGUAAUUGCACUGUGCAAAAAGCUGUAUUGAGUUCCUUUUGAUGUCGAUGAAUUGUUUUUACUAACUUUUGCGGAAUGUGAAAUGUGUAACUUUUUUUAGUUUGUACUUGACUUCCAAGAUUUAUGACGUGGGGGGGGGGUUGUUUUUGACUUAAACUGAGAAUGAAGACGACGUAGAGCAGCUUUAAUUCCACAUCCGAGCUGGUUUUAAACAAGAUAUACACACACAAUUACACAUAUACGAAAGGAAUUUAAUUCCAUUGCCUUAACCUGUAGUUGUAUAGAAAGUGCAUUGGAGCCCUUUUUUAUAGCUUCCAUCCAAUUGCAAGUUUUGAUGUCAGAAUUCCUUUCAUUUUUGCAUGACUUUGAUAAUAGUACUUGUGUACAUGAGAUGAAAUGAUCAAUCUUCUUUGCUUUAACUGUUAGUACUUGGUCCUAGAGUACCUCUCAGUAUAUAUACUGUAAUAGCUUUCUGUAAAGAGACAAAUUGCAGCUUUUUCUGUGGCCAUCCAGUGUAGAGGAAUUUAACAUGUUUUUUUGUUUCUUUUUCUGUGGGCAAAGAGCCUCAUAGUGCAUCAAGGUGUUGAUCAACUGGUGGUGAUAGUUGUUGGUAGACCUGGUAGAUCACAACAGACAAAAACGAUGUGUCACUGUGGCUUCAGGUGCCCUUUUGUUCAGUUUUUUCUGAUGAGUAAAAUUAUUCAAUCAAUGUAUUUAUAUACUUGUCUCUAGGAAUUUUUUUGUGAAUGAUGAGGAGAUACAAAUGAUAUUUCUAUGUUUGUUUGGUAAAGAUGAAAAUUAAAAGAGAAAUGCUUGAUA